GGAGCAGCGACACCAUUCCAGAAUACUGAUUGUUGGUCAAAGAACAGUUUCAGCGACUAUAUACCGGCGUUUUGGACCUUUCAUGUCAAUCAGCACCCGGUCCAUCCAAAUUGAGAAGGAAAAAGCCAUAAGGCUACACACACCAUGGCGGAACUUCCACCCCCUCGUCGAGUCGUUACGGGUCACGACACAGCCGGCAACGCCAUCUUUGUAGCCGAUUCCAAAAUCCCUGUGGUCUCCGUAGAUGAAACGAUUGAUUUUGCGGUUCUCUAUGAGACACACCAGUUUCCAGCUUCGAACGAUGGAUGGGCAGAUCCCAUACUUCAGCGGACAACAAGUCUUGCGAAUAAAGACGGUGUUGUGCUGAGGGUCGUUGACUUUAAACCUAACAACAGAUCACUGUUUCACCGCACAGAGUCCCUUGAUUUUGGCAUAAUCCUAGAGGGAGAAAUUGUUUGUCGACUCGAUGAUAACGUUGAAAACACACUGAGAGCAGGCGAUACCUGUGUUCAGCGUGGAACUAUCCAUAGCUGGGAAAACCGAACCGACAAGACAGCUCGUGUUUUAUUCGUCCUGAUAGCCGCGGAACCUGUCAAGGCUGGUGAGAAAACGCUAGGCACGGAAGGGUUUGAUCCCAAUGAGAUGGGAACUGGAGGGGGAGGUGAAGAACGUGCAUAGCUUUCAACUGUUCCGAUCGUACUGUGUUAGGGUAUCUAGAGCAGUUCUUGAUGAAACGCGCGUUCUAGCUCCGGAAUAUUGGGGUCCAUUGUUUACAGUUUCGCUACGAGUCCAGCCCUAUACUCCACGUCGACGAACAGCUACGUGGGGUAAACAAGCUUUGAUCUCCUCACAUCCUUCGAGUACGAGUCAAUUAAGAUACGGGUGUUCAGUUUGGUAUCUCUGUUGGUUUAGUUCCUUUGACAAAUCAUUGACCCUAAUUCAUGUGUUUUCUUACUCUUUCAAUGCUCAAUAUAUACGGGUAUUUCUAUUGACGUUAAAUAAG